GAAGCUUUCGAUAGCUUGGCCUUGAGAAACUCUUCAGAAAGUUUGCACCAACACAGACACAAUUUGGGCUGAGCUCAUUUGAAAACAGCACUAUCCGAUAGAAAUGAUGAAUGCCCCACUUACCAGUUUUGUUCAGGGCCUGCUUGCCCACAACAGCCAGAUCUCAGAGCUUGAGGAGGUUCGAAUUGUUUCAGACAACCCAGCAAUCCUCUCUGAUAGUGCCAGAGACCAAGUGAAACUGAGGUUUCGCCCUCCAACUGCAGUUUGCAGAUGGGAUAGAAGCAAACAAUCCACCGCCAACAAGGCGAACAACAACGGUAGCCUCAGUCCAGUUCGUCCACACCGAAGAACGAGUCUGGAGGCAGGUGCCGACCGCUGGAGUGCUUGCAGCAGUGAUGUCCAAGACAAGAAUCUGCCUCCCAAUGACCCCACGAAAAGGUCCCAGUUGCGGUGGGCACUGGCUCUCGAUGAGAUGCUGGGCGCCUGCAAGUACGAUGACGAUUAUUCUGAGAUGAGCGAUGAAAGUAGCUAUUACAUGGAUGGUAGUUCCAAGCUUGACUACAGCGACUGCCAAGCAAACUGUGAUGACUCGGACUCGGACGAUGACUCGGACUCGGACAGUGAUGAUGACUCGGACAGUGAUGAUUCGUCCACAAGCAGUUCCUAUGAAGACGAGGACGGGCUAGACUUCGAAUCCCGAUGGGCCGACGAAAAGAAGAGGCCUCACGAUUGGACCCUUCCCGCCAACUGCAUUUUACCCAGCAUUCAAGACAUGCUUCGGGAGGCAGCUCAGAAUCCUAACUUUGACAUGAAUGAGCAUCUUCGGAUGCUUGCAAGGCCCGCAGCCGCCUGAGUCACCCCAAGUGGCACUCGCCUUAUCUUGUAGCGAAAUACCAUAGAGCAAUAAAAGCAUAGGCAAAAUGUCCAUGUAGU